CCAUCUGGUUUUCUUUUGAGUUGAACCAUGGGUGCGUACUGUGAACACAAUCUCUCCAAAAGGAAAUUAUUGAGCUAGAAAUAUAGCAAAGUUUGGAACAGUUCUGGCUAAAACUCAAGAACGGUGAGCCUCUCACGACAAAAUAUGCCAUGUGCAGACUUCCUAUAUGCGUACCAAUCGUCAUCCUCUUCCACAGUAUGUAUGGUUACGGGAUCACUAUCAACAAGAAAACAAAAUAAAGUCUCAUCAACCCAUGAAUUAUUAGUAUGGAUUAUAAAACUACCGCAUGUAUGAUAACCUGGAAUCCUCUCUCUGCACAAAACUCAACUGUGCUUUAAUGUCUUCUUCCAUAGCUGUUACGUGGAUUUCAUCUCUUCUCUUCUUUCUCCUGCUAGCUUAUUAUGUAACUCGUACCUACAUAUUUAAAUCCAGAAACAAAUUGAACCCUUUACCUCCAGGUCCAAAAGGCCUUCCGAUUGUAGGAAACUUUUUUAUGUUGGGAGAUGCCGUUCAUCGGGAUCUCCAUCGGUUAUCGACCAAAUAUGGUCCGAUCAUGUGUCUUCGUCUUGGUUUUCUCCCAACUAUUGUAGUCUCGUCAGCUGAAGCUGCGGAACUUUUUCUCAGAACACACGAUCUCAAUUUCGCCACUAGACCUUUCAAUGCAGCUGCCAAGUAUAUAAGUUACGAUAAUAAAGGCUUUUUCACUGAAUAUGGUCCGUACUGGCGAAACGUUCGUAAAUUAAGCACGCUAAAGCUGCUUAACCAUAACAAAAUUGAGUCUUUCGGGUCCAUGAGAUGUUCGGAGAUAGAGCUAUUGAUAAAAUCACUGAAAGAUGCUGCAAAUUUACAUGAAAUAGUAGAUGUUACGAGUAAGAUUUUUGCUCUAAAUAAAGAUAUGUCGUCUUUAAUGGUGUUCGGAAAGAAGCGUGUGGAAAGUGACCACGACAAAAAGUCGUUUCAUGAAGUUGUGCAAGAAGGAAUGAGGCUUGCUGCGGCUCCAAAUUUAGCUGAGUAUAUUCCUUUUCUUGGUCGAUUUGAUCUUCAAGGUAUAGUGAAACGAACCAAGGCAGUUAGUAAAGUUUAUGACGAUAUGCUUGAUAAGAUUAUUGAUGAACAUGUAGAGGUAUUUGAUAAGGAUAAUCUCAAGGACUUCACUGAUGUCUUGUUGGAUUGUAUGGCAUCUAAUGAUACCGAAUUUCCAAUCGGCCGAUCCAAUAUCAAAGCCAUCGCUUUGGACAUUCUCUUGGGAUCAAUGGACACUACAGCUACUGCAAUUGAUUGGACCCUGACAGAGUUAAUCAAGAAUCCAAGAGUGAUGCAAAAAGUCCAGGAUGAGUUAGCAAGAGAGGCCGGUUUGCACCGUCUAGUCGAAGAAUCUGAUCUACCAAAACUUGAGUACCUGGAUAUGGUCAUCAAGGAGUCUUUUAGGCUUCAUCCGGUUGCACCACUUCUACUGCCUCAUGAAUCCAUUGAAGAUUGCCAGGUUAACGGCUUCUUCAUACCCAAAAGGUCUCGAGUAAUAAUCAACAGUUGGGCAAUUGGACGUGACCCGCAAACGUGGACUGAUCCUGAAAAAUUCAUGCCAGAGAGGUUCAUGGGAAAGGAUAUAGAUGUCCGAGGACGUGAUUUCCAACUCCUCCCGUUUGGGUCAGGUCGUCGAGGUUGUCCUGGAUUGUCGUUAGGUUACUUGGUGGUACGAUUGGUUGUGGCGCAAUUGGUUCAUUGCUUCGAUUGGGAGCUUCCAAAUAAUAUGUCGCCUGAUGAUUUAGAUACAAACGAAGCAUUUGGUAUCGUAAUGCCAAGAGCCAAACAUCUACUUGUCAUUCCAAAGUAUCGUCUUAACAGUUGAUAAAUAUGUAAUAAUUGAUUGUGUUUAUGUGUGGGAUAUCAUCAUUAGACUUGUUUGUUUUUGUAAAA